AUGUCGUGGCUGGACGCGCUCGUGACAUCGCGCCACGUCAAGACGCUCUUCUUCCUCCACCUCAGCAUCGUCCUGCUGCCCUUCGACACCGCCGUCAUCGUGCUGCUGUGGCUCUGGAGCCGCGUCACGGGCUACGGCUCCAUCGGCCCCCAAAAGACGCUCCCGGCCGCCCAGAGAAAGACGGUCCUCAUCACCAGCGUCGGCACGACCCAGGGCCUAACCCUCGCCCGCCUCUUCCACCGCGCCGGCCACCGCGUCAUCGGCGCCGACACCGAGCCGCUGUCCGUCGGCGCCGUGUCCCAGGCCGUGCACAGGCACUACGCCCUCGCGCGGCCGCCGGCCAACACCCCGCUCCCCAAGAACGCAGCCGACAGCAAGUAUAUCGGCGGGCUGCUGCGCAUCGUGCGGGCCGAGGGCGUCGACCUAUGCAUCUCGGCGUCGGACGACGCGCACAUGGCGCUGCACGACGCGCUGGCCUGCGACGUGAUCCGGUCGCAGACCUUCUGCAAGGCCGUGCACUCGGGCGUCGACGGCGCCUGCACGCUCGGCGACAGGGCGCUGUUCAUGGACCUCGCGCACCGCCUGCGCCUGCCCGUGCCCGACUUUGCCGUCGUGCGGUCGCGCGAGCAGCUCGUGGAGACGGUGGAAGAACGCGGCGGCCAGCACGGCCCCGGCCUCGACGACCACGACCGCCCUCCCCGCCAGUACCUGGUCAAGCCGCUCGGCGUCGACGACGACGGCGGCGGGGGGCAGCAGCCGCUGCUGCUUCCGCGGCCGACGCGCGAUGAGACGAAAACGCAAGUAGCGCAGCUGCCGCUGCCGCUGCCGCUAUCCGCCAUGGGGGAGAGAGCAGGACAUAACACGCCGGCGGUCCUCGUGCAGGAGUUUGUCCCGGGCCACGAGUACUGCAGCCACGCGGUGGUGAUCCGGGGGCAGGUGCGGGCGUUCGCGGCGUGUCCAUCGUCGUCGACGUCGGACGUCAUGACGCACUACACGCUGCUGCCGACGGGCUCGGCGCACCACGCCAAGAUGCUGGCCUUUACGCGGCGCGUGGCGGCGCACUUUGGCGAACGCUUCUCGGGGCACCUCGGCUUCGACUUCCGGUCGCGCCUGUUUCUCGGGCCGGACAAGCUGCACCCGCGCGCGCACACGGCGGCGGUGCUGUUCAGCCACACGCCGGCCCUCGUCGACGAGUACCUGUCGCUGCUGCUGAGCGAGGACGCGCCGCCGGUGCCGUCAGCACCCCUCACGCCCUCGCACCGCAGGUACUACUGGAUGGGGCAGGACCUGUUCGACCUCGUGCUGCGGCCGUGGCUGUCGCUGGCGCGCGUGACUACCAACGGCCAGCUGGCCGCGCAGCUCGACGAGGGCUGGGCCUCGGCCCGCCUUUUCGCCAGCCACGUCGCCAGCUGGAAGGACGCCACCCUCGAGCCCUGGGACCCCCUGCCCGCCUGGUGGCUGUAUCAUGUCUUCUGGCCCGCGCGCUUCAUCCGCCUGUGGCGCGACGGCCAGCGCUGGAGCCGCGUCAAUGUCAGCACGGGGAGGGUGUACAAGGCGUAG